ACCCACGUGAAAUCUCUUCCCUUGACAAGAUGUGUUGCAACUACGGCAACUCCUGUGGCUAUGGCUGUGGCUAUGGCCCCUAUUACGGCUGUAGUUAUGGACCUGGCUAUGGCUGUGCAUAUGGCUGUGGAUACGGCUCCUGCUGUGGCUAUGGCACCAGAUACGGCUGUGGCUGUGGCUAUGGCUCUGGUUGCUGUGGCUACCGGCCAUUUUGCUAUAGAAGACAUUAUUCUUCUUGCUGCUAGAACAUCACUGUCCAAGACACAUUUGCUUCUGAAGUGGCACUGCUUAAGGGAGGGCUUAUUCAUUGAUUUAUACCUCAAGAUUUCUAUACCCAAAAAAUUGCAUGCUUUCGGGAAUUGUGACUUAUAUUUGGCAUUUGUAUGAAGGCUUCCUGUGGCUGAAGGCUAUGUGGUAUCCUCCGACUAUUUUCCAAAUGUUAGGCUUCACUUCCCUAAUCUGGGUUCUUUGUUGAGACUGUGGCAACAUGUCUAAAAUGCCACAGUGAGGCAAAUCCCUUAUUCUCAAUAAAAAUGUUUCAUUUUUUUUCUAACUAA